CACCAUGAAUGCAUUCAGUUUCAAUAACAAAUUAUGGUGUAAGCGUAAAGUGUAAAAUGGAUAACUUUAGUUGGUGUUUUUAUAAGUCAAAGAUCGCAGUAACAAUUGAUACGAGCAUAACUGUGUACCUAUUAUAAUUAAUUACGCUAUUUAAUCACGAAAAAAUAGUCCAAAAAAAAUAUAUGAAAAUAGGCAUUAUACAUAUUUGCGAGUACCAGAGUAAAAUACACAAUGUUUAUCAAAGUGUUGCACUUAAGACAUAAACUACUCAAAAUACCAAUGAAAUUUUUAAGACAAUGCAGCACCAAUGUAAACAAAGCACCGGUUUCAGACAAUAAUCUUGAUGAAUUCAAAGACUGGAAAGAAAAGUUGCAUUCUAACAUGACUAUAUAUGAGAACUUUAUAAGUGAUGAAGAGGAAAAAUCGUUGCUGGAUGAACUCGAGCCUUACUUAAAGAGAAUGAGAUAUGAGUAUUCCCAUUGGGAUAACAUGAUUCACGGUUAUAGAGAAACCGAGUUUAUCAAAUGGAACGAAGAAAACACCAAAAUUAUAGACAAGGUAAGGCAAAAGGCUUUCCCUCCUGGUAUGCCACAGUUAAAGUUUGUUCACGUGUUAGAUCUAGCUGAAAAUGGGUGGAUAAAGCCUCAUGUGGAUAGUCCUAGAUUUUGCGGAGAAGUGAUAGCAACAAUUUCAUUACUCAGUGAUUGUAUAAUGCGUCUGACAUACGUUGGUCAUGAAAACGAAUAUUGGAAUGAUUUUUUAAUACCAAGAAAGUCUUUGUACGUCAUGAAAGGAGUAGCUCGUCAUAAAUACAACCACGAAGUUAUUAAAUCCGUCAACAGAUCGCGACGUAUUUCGGUUAUUUGCAGAUGUGAGCCAGUGUAGAUAUUAAUUUGUAAAUCAUUUUCUGUACGUAUACGUAUAUACCUAAAAAUAAAUUUUACAUUUAUGAUCGCGA